AAGUCUGAUGGUCACCGACUUAGGGAUGGACGGGAGGUGGCCCAGCACGACGGCGAGGCUGGCCGUAAAACGAUGAACAAUGGCGGAGGAGGUGGUAGAAGGCCAUCUGAUUGUUCGCUUUAGAUCGGAUGGUCUAGAAAAUAUCGAUUGGCCCAAUAUUUUUCGUCCAGUACCACUAUCCAGCCCCCAUCUGUAAUCCAUGUUGAAUUCAACAGGAUAAAAUACUACACGGUGAGGGCCUGAGGGGAGAGUGCUUCUCACGCGAAGCUUAUAAUGCCAUAAAAUAUUCUGGACCCGUUCUUCUCUCGUAAGGAUCAUCAGGCAGCCCACUGAAGCACCUAAGAAACUGUCGGAUUUCAAAGGGAACACCACCCACCCACCGGAAAACCAUCAAGGCAGGCAAGGCAGGCCACAUAACUCCAAGGCCAACAAGAAGAGAAGAUCCUAUGGAAUCUCCCUCUCGUCGCUCCUCCUUUACGUGCGAAAGCGACUACAAUUCAAUUCGCGCAGUGCAGUGCCCCCCGUCUUGCGGGGGAACAAAAGUCGCUGCUGCACCCACGGUUUCCCUGCGGGAAUAUGCUUCUUGUGUGAUCCGGAUUCCAGUCACCACUCUUUCUCUAUCCGUCGUCCCAGGACCAAUGAACGCCCUUCUCUCUCAUCCCCGACACCGAAAUCGCCACGUCCACACCCUACUUCGUCCCCUCUAAACUUGGGUUUCCAACUAGGCACUCAAUAAAUGAAUAAAAUCUAAGUUCAAUGUUUUUCCAGACGGUGCAUAAGCCUUCACAGUUUUUUCAUCUUUCCUAACGAGUGCAUAAGCCUUUGCCAGUUUGCGCAUGAGAGUGCCCAUAAAAAUUCCUACUAUUUUUUGUGAAAAUUUUAUAGUGUAACUGCAAGGUUAAACAUCUAAAUACCGAAGUUUUACAAAAACCAUCUGUACAAGUAUGUCAGGCACACUUGCACAAAAUGAUCCGCCCAUAAGCUCAAAGUUGCUUUGUACGUCAAUAGUGCCCGUGGAGUUUCAAGCAAUUUUUACGAAAUUUGUAUAGGGUAAACGUGAGGUUGAAUAGUUACAAAUCAAAGUUUGUGGGUACUCACUUGCACGAAAUGAUCCGCCAAUAUGCCUAGAGUUGCUCCUCGAUACCUAAACAACACUAAUUGUAAAAAAUUCAAACUACUUCGUGGACAAUUUAUAGUCUAGACACAAGGUAUAAAUUUAAAUACUGACGCUUUAUGAAACCUGGUCCGGCCUACCGAUAAGCUCAAAGAUAGCUUCUUUGUAUGCGGACAAUGCUGGUCAAAUUUCAGAUGAUUUCGAGUGAAUUUUUUGUGUGAAUACAAGGUUCAAAUUCUAAACAUUGGGAUUUCAUGGAGAUAAUAUCUUCCAUUUUCGUGCGACAUCCAUACAUAAAUAUUUGAAUUGGAGUUUUUAAAAUCAAAUUCAAAUUCUAUCAAAGUAUUAUGAAAUCAUUUUUUGAGGAAAAAAUUGAUUGUAGAAAAUUUAAUUCUUGAGAGACAAACGAGAUACUACCAGUGAUACUAUUAAUAUUUAAGCUAGAGCAGAGCAGAAGGUUCUCAACCACCGGGUGCCCAUAGCGCGGCCUCACGCACACCGCCCCACGCCUCACGCCCCUUGCCACGCUUAGCAUAUGCCGGUAAAUAUUCCGAGAACGUCACCAUCCUCUUCCUCUUCCUCUCCUCCAACCGCUUACCUCACUAACCACGUACGUACACGCUGGCCGCGCCUAUAUUACCAGCACUCGUCGCCGCUUCACCCCUCAUUAAUCCAUCAACACCACCGCUUGCUCCCCUUCAUAUCGUAGAUUGUUGUUGCAUUGCCCUCGAGGAGACGAGGUCAUUAGUUGAUUACCAGCUGCCGAUCGGUUGCGGAUUAAUUGGGCCGAAGGCAGUCGGUGAUCUCUUGAUUGAUUUGGACGCCAUGAAAUUUGGAAAGUGGCUCAAGAGGCAGAUCGAGCAGAGCCUCCCGGCGUGGAAGGACGAGUUCCUGAGCUACAACGAGCUCAAGCCCGUCAUCGGCGCCGUCUCGCCGGCCGACUUCGUCGCCCGCCUCGACGUUCAGAUCGAGAAGAUCAACGCCUUCUUCAUCGAGCAGGAGGAGUUCUUCAUCAUCACGCACAGGGAGCUGCAGGGGGCGAUCAGGAGCGCGCUGGAGAGGAAGCCGGCGGUGCCGGCGGCGGCGCACGAGGCGGAGGUCGCGGCGAUCCGGAGGGAGAUCGUCAACUUCCACGGCGAGAUGGUGCUGCUGCUCAACUACAGCAGCGUCAACUACAUCGGCCUAGCCAAGAUUCUCAAGAAGUAUGACAAGCGCACGGGCGCCGGGAUCCGGCUCGCCGUGAUCGAGACCGUGCUAGUGCAGCCCUUCUUCACGGCGGAGGCGGUGUCCCUGAUGGUGAGGGAGUGCGAGGCCAUGAUGGAGGCGGUGUUCCCCACGGCGCCCGGCGAGGGGCAGGCGGCGGCGCGGCGGGACCGCGAGGCCCUGGUCGCCGCGGAGCAGAGGAUCUUCCGCAACACCGUGUCGGCGCUCCUGGCCAUGCAGGACGUGCGCAGCGGCAGCUCCACGCGCGGCCGCCACUCCCUGCCGCCGCUCAACCUGCCGGACUCGGACUGGCUCCGCUCCUUCUAGCCGCCGCCCCCCAUUCCCCGUCCAAUGAUCCCCGCCGGCCUCUUCUUGGUGGUCUCCCCAGCCACCACAGCCACAGCCCACAGAUAUGUAAUUGGCUAUCUGUAGUUUCUAACUUCUUUUUUGUCUCCUUUUCAUUUUCCACAUGCUGGUGUAAGAUGGUAACAAGGCGUGAGCAUACAAAUUCAUCCUACUGUGCAUUAUGCUCCUAAA